AUGUCCCGACCCCUCGGCCCCCCGGUUCUCUCGCCCCCAGCUCAACCACCCAGCGCCUCGACCCUCCACGGCCGAACCGUCCGCCUGGAACGCCUAGCGCCAGCCCACGCCGAGCAACUAUACGCUCUGGUCGGCGACAACCAAGACCCGACCCAAGUCGCAGUGUGGGAUUAUAUCCCCGACGGGCCGUUUGCGGACUACGCCGCCUUUUGCGAUUUCAUUGAAUCGCAUUCAAAAUCGACCGAUCCGUAUUUCUUCGCUAUCAUUUCCAGUGCUGAUCGGGCCGGCAACAGCGAGGAUGAAAAAGUACUAGGCUACAUCGCGCUCAUGUCUAUCGUGCCGGAGCAAUUACGUCUCGAGAUCGGACAUGUGAUAUUUUCGCCUCGGAUGCAGCGAACCACGGUUGCCACGGAGGUUGUUUAUCUGUUGCUCAAGUAUGCGUUUGAGACGGGGUAUAGACGCGUUGAGUGGAAGUGUAAUUCGUUGAAUGAGGGAUCGCAGAAGGCGGCGAGGCGGUUUGGGUUUACCUAUGAAGGAACUUUCAGACAGCACAUGAUCGUUAAGGGGAGGAAUCGCGAUACGGCGUGGUUUUCGAUGGUGAGGGAGGAGUGGGAGGGUGGCGUUAGGGGUGGGUUUGAGGUGUGGUUGGACGAGGGGAAUUUCGAUGAGUUCGGGAGACAGAGGGAACGGUUGGAGGAGUUUCUAAAGGGGGGUAGAGGGGAGGUAUAG